UUAUAUCUGCGCGCAAACAAACCCGAAGAAGGCGAAGAAGCAGCCAUCGCUCUCGCCUACACUUCAACCCAGACAUCCUGCAUCAUCAGCGACUCCAAGACUGCCAUCAGCAACUUUUACCAAAGAGUAAACCAGGUCGCCGAACCAAGUCAAGAGAUCCAGGAUGUUCUCGCACGCCAUCCUGAUGUGUUUAAGGAAGGUAUCGACGGCUACGUGGGUCCAUUGGUUCACUUGGACAAGGGAGAAGGUGCCACACCCCAGUUUUGCAAAGCACGGCCAGUGCCCCUAGCUUACCAACAGCCUAUAGAGAAAGAGCUCGACCGCCUGCAAAAACGAGAUAUCCUGGAGCCGACGCAACAUGUCGAAAUGGCCACACUGUUGGUGUGGUUGCGCAAAAAGGACGGCACACUUCGCGUUUGUGGAGAUUACAGGAGUACAGUUAAAGUGGUGGUCAAAAAGACGGUGUACCCGCUACCGACAACUGCGGAGGUGUUCGCUAAGUUGCGUGGUGGGACGACGUUUUCGAUGCUAGACCUUAACCAGGCCUAUCAGCAGCUAAGAGUGGACGACGACACAGCCGCACUGCUCACCGUCAACACCACCAAAGGACUGUUCAAGGUGAAGCGUGUCCCUUUUGGAGUAUCCGCUGUGCCAGCCAUCUUCCAGCAGAUGAUGGAGACUACACUGGCCGGAAUUCAGGGGCUGAGUGUCUACCUUGACGACAUUGUUGUUAGAGGGAAGGAUGUUAAAGAGCAUGCGCAACGUCUAGAGCAAGUCCUUUCGAGGCUAAGCGACAAAGGUCUGCGGCUCAAACAAGAGGAGUGCCGCUUCGGUAUCAGCUAA